AUGAUCGGAGGUAGAUAUUCUGCAUCUAGACAGGGCUUAGAAAGACCUCCGCGUACAGCUGUAGUAAUUGAUGAUGAAGAUGAGUUAUACAAAGGCUUUAAUGAUAUUUCUCCUGCGUUGGAUACGCGGGGUCUUCGCGAAGAUGAAGCAUUUCAACAAACUUUAAGGACUGCUGCAUUUGGAAGACAAAUGCCUAGUCGAAUGGGUACUGGAAUGUUUCGCCUGGGCACGGUUAGUGUGCGCGGCGGGGCCUCGCGUGCAGGGACCGCCGCGCGCCCCGUCACCGCUGUGCGCGCGGCUGGGUACACCUCUACCCGCGACACUCCUAGCCGCGAGGACAAGAAGGAGGAAAGUAUUGAAGACAAAAUAAAACAAAUGGAAUUGAAAAUAAUGUCUUUAGUCGAAGAGUCAACAAUGCUGAGCGCGCAACUGGAAAGCUCUGAAGAAGAGACGGAUGGCAAGAGAGAACAAAAUCUAAGUCAAGCAUUAGCCAAAGCCCAAGAGGCGUCUACGUUGGAAAGACAGCUUAUACGUAUGCAAGAACAAUCCAAUUUAGGCGACUCUCAUAACUUGGAUCUUACAUUUGCGGUCCUUUGCAAUUUAGCUGAUCAGUACGCGCUUAACGAAAUGUAUACAGAGGCACUCAACACAUAUCAACUCCUUACGAGGAAUAAAGUUUUCCCACACGCCAAUAGAUUGAAGGUUAAUAUGGGUAAUAUAUAUUUCAAAAUGGGUGAGCAUCCAAAAGCGCUGAAACUUUAUAGAAUGGCGCUGGACCAAACGCCUACAGCAGAAAAAGAUUUACGCAUGAAAGUGAUGCAUAACAUUGGCUUAUUAUUAGUGCGCAUGGGAAAAUUCCGUGAUGCAGUAACCAAUUUUCAACACAUAAUGCAUGAACAGGGAGACUUUCAAACAGGUUUACAUUUGGUACUAUGUUCGGUGGCUUUAGAAGACGCUGAAGGUGGAAAAGCGGCUUUUCAUGCAAUGCUCGAUGUUGAACCACCUACCUACCAUCAUGAUAUUGCUAUUGACGAUGAAAACGACACAUAUGAGUGCGUCGUGCGCGACGUGGUGCGCGGGGACAGGCUGUCGCGCUGGUCGCGCGCCGCCGCCGCGCUGGCCGAGCGCUGCCUCGCGCUCGCCGCCGCCGCGCUCGCGCGCCCCGGCCGGCCGCCGCGGGACGACGACGGCAAUGGCGCUUCGUGGUGUGUAGAAGCCCUUCGUGGAUAUUCCGGCGGAGGUGCCGGGUCAAGGUUAGAACUAGGCAGUGCUUUAGCAGCAUUAAGAAGUGCUGCUGGAGCGGGAAACAAUGGCGGUGGAAACUCCUCGGGAGCUUUAGCAGCGGGAAUGAAAGCCCUGCAGCGCUUAAAAGCGGUAGCGCGCGCACAUCCAAACGAUCGCGUGCUGCGUGCUGAAGCUAACACUGACGCAGCAUUUGUUGCUUACGCGCUAGGAAAGUACUCUGAAGCGCGAUCUCUGAGUGAGGCGGCGACCCGGGACGAUCCAUACAGCUGCCCGGCGCGAGUGUGCGGCGCGCUGGCCGAGCGGGCCGCGGCGCCCGCUCCCGCGCCCGCCCACAGCGUGGCCGCGCGCCUGGUGGCCGCCACCCACUUGGAUCCCACUGACUUGAUAGCGAUGCACGAUUCUGCAUUGGCAUUAGAAGUAACAGGUGAGGAGGGCGGUGCGGAGGCGCGCUGGCAACGUAUACGCAACUCGAGCGGUGCGGGCGCGACGCUGCGCGCGCUGGCCGCCGCCGGGCUGGCGCGCGCCGCCCGCGCCGGCCCCGCCCGGGCAGCCGCCGCCGCAGACCACUGGUAUAGUAUCAUCGGGAACUGGGACGCCGGCGUGACAUGCGCCCUCGCGCAACUGCACAGCGACAUGGGCGACGCGCAGACCGCUAAACACUACUACCAAGAUGUGGAGGCGGCGUGGCCGUGCGAGGUGGGCGCGCUGCGCUGGCUGGCGCGCGACGCGGCGCCCGAGCUCGCGCUGCAGUACUACCGCCGCGCCGCGCGCCUGCAGCCUAACAAUCCGGAGUGGGGUCUGUUGCUGGGCGGCUGCCUGCGCGCCAGCGGCCGCUACCAAGACGCGCUCGCGCUCUACAAGAAGCUCAAUGCUCGCUUCCCAGAUAAUGUACAAUGUCUCAAACUAAUAGUCAAGCUGUGUGGUGACCAAGGGCUAUCGGAGACUAGCGCGUGGAGUCGGGAGUUGCAACGUGCUCAGGCACGACGCAAGCAGCUGGAGAGAGUGAGCGUCACGUCGGCGGGCAGUGGUUCUUCAGGAGCUAGUCCCUCACCAAUACAGAAUACUAUACGAGGUAUUUCCGCCAACGACGGUACACACCACACUCACAUAGAUCCAAAUGAACCGCCCACGUUUGAUGACAUGCAGCCGCUGAGACGUUCUAUCAGCGGGAUGGAACCUAAGAAGAAGAUUGUAGAAGAUUUCGAGGAUGACCUGCCACUGCCUCCAGAG